UUCCAUGCCAGCUAGUUCCGGGCUUGCGAGGUUGAGUAUGGCAUUUAGGGCUUCUUUUGGGGUGGUUCUUAAAGCACUGAUGAUGCAGAGUGCCGCAGCUGGAUUUCUUUUUCAAAACCGGCCACCAUACCACGACUCCGUACAGUAGUAUUGGUCUGACAAUGGCCGUAUAUAUCCAGUUUACUGUAUAGGGUGUCAUGCCCCAUUUGAGCCCUAUUGCUUUCUUGCACGUGAAAAGUGCAAUUGAAGCUUUUUUAAAUCUGAGAUUCAAGUUCCAGUUUAGUUUCCUGUCAAGUAUUACGCCCAGGUACCUUGCGCUGCUACUGAAGGAAAGUCUAUGAUUGUUGAGGAUAGGUGGGACUAAGUCUGGUAUAUUAUACUGCCUAGUGAAGAGAGCCAGCUCGGUCUUUGAGGGGUUGAUUCCUAAUCCGUUAUUUUUGCUCCAGCUGGACCAAACACUGAGUUUUUCGCUCAUAAGAUCGCAUAGCCUUUGGGGGUAUUUGCCUGUGAAGAUGAUAGCAACGUCAUCCGCAUAAGCUAUCAUCCUGCAGCCAUUGGGACAUUAAUUUUUCUAUCUUGGAGACGAGAGAGUGUAGUGCUGUCUCUGUCGAUUUCCCUUUCUUGUACGCGUUUUGCGUGUCUGUGAUAAGACUUGGGUUGAGAGUUGAUCUCAGAUGCAGGGCGAUGAUUCUUUCAAGGGUCUUUAGUAGGACAGAUGACAGACUGAUUGGGAUAUGAAAACAAAUCAAAAAAUUUUCCAAAGUGUGGCCGAGGCAGUUUUGAGUGAUUUGUAGGCGUUAGCGUGGGCGAAAUUCACAAGACUAAUAAAAAAUGAAUGAAUAUCAAAACCUUUUUCAGGAGUUUGGACAGUUUUGGGCGGUUUUUGGGCGUUAUAGUGGGCGUGGCAACAUGGGUCAAUCAAAUUGCGAUGUGUCUAUGUAUUUGGAGUCUGUAAGCUUAAUCUCAACUUUCUAGCUUUUGUAGCUCCUGAGAUCUCGACGUUCAUACGGAUAUCAAGAAUAUAUAUACUUUAUAUAGUCAGAAACACUUUAUUCUGCCUGGUACAUACUUUUCAAGGAAUAUAGUAUAUUCUACGAGUAACGGGUAUAAUAAGAUAGAACUCUAUAGGCGUGUUCUCGACUUUCAGAUCCCCGUUACUCAGCUAUUGAGAGUGCGAACGAGAAGUUUGAAUUUUUUUUGGCAUGUAGAUAAAAAUUGAACAAACAAUUAAAAUAAUCUAUUUUGAGCGGUUUGUAGACGUUAGAAAAGGCGUGGCAGCAUCAGGAAAAAACUUUCACCCCGUCUCUGGUAAGUGUAUGCCUAAUCUCAAUUUACUAGGUCUUUUCUAAGAUCUCAUUAGGACAUGUCAAGAUAGGAUUAUAGGGUAAUGUUAUGUAUCUACCUAUUUACCUACACCGUGUUAUAACAGACAGACCUUUCAAGGCGAACUUCAUGAUAUUAAAGACGCUGUCACGCAAUUUUAUGGAAAUCGGGGGCCUUUAAUUUAAUGGCGGGUAAGGCAUCACAAAACUUUAGAGAAAGAAAAUCUUUGAAUGGGAAUGGUCGUUGCAAGCACUGGCACAUAAGGACCCAGACAUACCCGUAGUUACAGAAAACAGCCCACAUAAAGUUACGAUAGAAAAAUCUCGGAUACUUUAAAACCGCCUUGAAAAUUAAACAUGCCAAGCCAAAUGGAAUUAUAACAACAAAGUAACAGCUCUAAUCAACAAAUAAACGAAUAUAUAGCCCACGAUGCCAUUGCUAUAAGAAGUUUCUUCAAACGCGACGUCGCGUCUCUCGACCAAGCCGUAGAGAACAUUUUUUCAGCCAUGAGUAAAAGAAGAAAAAAUCAGAGGACCUGAAUACUACUAUACAAAAAUUGUUAAAUAGAACCCCUUCUGCGUUGACGUUAACUUUGAAAUAACUUCGGUCCAGGAUUCCCUCGCCGGGUCUUCAGGGGCGCACAUGGACAAUAAAAUCAAAACCCCAUUUCCUGUUUAUCAGGAUUAAUGGUUUUUCUUUACCUUAUCAACAUAUCAGCCUUUACGUAUGUCACGGAUAACAUUAAACAAACACUGUUUCUGCUUCACCCGGUCAGAAAUGUAUAUGGGUCCUCGCAGUCUUCAGAAGAGAUCGUUAAUCUAUUUUGCAUUAAAAAGCUUGAAAAGUGGGAAAGCGCCAUGAGCCCACAAUGCCCCGGUCGAUGCUUUUAAAGCCAUCGCUGAUAGCAGACCCCAUAUACUUUUCAAUAUGUACAACAAGUACAUGUACCACUUCCCGAUCAGUGGAAGGUAAAAAGGAUGGUCCUGAUAAGCAAAGGUUUUCAAAAGUGUGACAUUCGCCCAUUUGUGGUUGAGGGCCAACAAGUUGGUCUUAUUAAGUCAGAUGUUUUAAAACAUCUCGAAAAGUAUCCAGAGGUAUUUUGCAUUCGUGCUUGUGAGCAAACGAAACAGGGUUUGGUAGAGCUGAAUCCAGCUUUUCGUGACUACAACGAGCGCACUGAGCAACUGGAAAAGGUUUUGCGUAACCUGCGCUCUGAGAAUCUAUUUCCUGCAUUACAGGGAUGGAGGGAUGAGUAUUUUGAGGUAAAAGCAGACUGCAAAGCCCUACUUAAAAUGGAACGAGCAGCCACUCCGCUCUUUGGAGUACGCAAGUACGGCGUAGAUAUAAACGGUUACGUAAGGCACCCGACGCUUGGAUUAUGCAUUUGGCUGCAGCAGCGGUCUAACACAAAAGAGACCUGGCCUGGAAAGUGGGACAAUAUGGUAGGCGGUGGACUUUCAGUGGGCUUUGGUAUAAAAGAAACAGCCAUUAAGGAGGCUUCUGAGGAGGCAUCUAUACCUUGCGAUCUAGUCAAGAAUUUGGUGUCCGCAGGGUGUGUCUCAUUUUACUUUGAAAGCCGACAAGGCCUUUUUCCCAACACCGAAUAUGUUUUCGACUUAGAGCUACCACUUGACUUUGUACCUCAAAACGCUGACGGGGAAGUCCAGGCCUUCGAGCUGCUAACAGCCAAGGACUGUGUGGAGCGCGUUUUUACUUCAGAUUUCAAGACAACUUCAGCGCCUGUGGUGAUCGACUUUCUAAUCCGACACGGGCAUAUAACAGCAGAUGAUGUGGUUGACUUCACGCAAAUCGUUGAGCUCUUGCACGUGCCAUUACAGUCCCUAUAUACGUACAAGGCUCGCUUUCAGCAAUCCAAAAAGCAACCUCAGCUCUUACCAGGUGGUUCCAAAAACUGCAACUGUGCAAUAUUACAAAAAAUAUCAGUGGAGAACGGGCACAAGAAGGCAAAUUAAUCCGAAAUGCAAUGUCUUAAAAAUAAAAAAAUGAGGUAGGGCUACAAAGAAAUAUUAAUGAAACGCUAAACAAAAAAAGGUUCAUGUAAUUGACGAAAACUUUCCUACAACUCCGCUUAUAUUGUGCUAGCGACUACAUAUAUUUAACUUGCUUUACAGCAAAGUUCAUAAAAACUACAACUUUCUUUCAAGCUUUUCCAUUUCGGAUUAUCAGUCAGCUUUAACAAGUAGAAUUAUUACAAAUUAUUGAAUAUUUCAUCACUUAAGUAGUCUACUAACAACUUUUUAAUCUAAUUCCAUUUUAAGUAGAUGUACUCGUUCGUAUUGCUGUCCUCCUUAACAAAGAGGCUCAGACUGUAUAUAAAGUUUGUCAACUGUUAUUUGGUCAUACGUAGGCUAAAUUUAUCCAAACCAAAACCAUCUAACAAAUUAAUGACAAGUUCUACGAUUCUGCUGAAAAAUUAUAUAAAUUUUAAGAUAUGAUUAGGUAGAUUAAGAAUAAUAGUUAUUGUUUUAGGGUAUGUGUAGGUGUGGUCUUGUUUAGUUUUUUUUCAUUGCUAUAAAACUUUAAUUUUCACUAUUUUGUAAAUAUGAUUAUAUAAUUUCCAAUAUACUUGUCAAAUACGAAGAAAAAAUCCCAAUUUUUUUUGUCAAAAUAUUGAAUUUACUUAAACUUUUAUAUUAUAGCAAUGCGAAUUAACUAUAAGGUAUUUAUAUAUAAUAUCGCAAAUUGCAUCUGUUAUUAUAUGUAGUAACCAAAGUGCUCAAAGUUAAGAGAUACAUUAUUAGGUAG